CCAGCUUGCAUCUUCCCAGGCGUGCAUACACCACUGACUGACACUCAAUAGCACGUGCGAUUGAAAAGAGUCCACAUCCACUUGCGCCUCAACCAUUGCGUCUUCUCAAUUGCUCCGGACGCUCGUUACAUCUGUUCGACACCCAGCCGCCUACAUGCAAUCGAUAUCACCGUCGUCAUGAUUGUUCGCUUGUCGACCGUCGCGCUUGGGGCCUUGUGCCUUUCCGCCACCCCAUUCGCUUCCGCCUUGUCCGCCAGUGAUAUCCCAUCUGAUACUCCCGUUUCACAACUUCUUGCCAGCGCCAAUGCCAAUCUCGCCCAGGGCAAUGCGCAAGAUGCGCUCGUCUAUUUCGAUGUCGCCAUUCAGAAAGACCCCAAAAACUACCUCACCCUCUUUAAACGCGGCGCAGCAUACUUGUCAGUGGGCAAGAACGUCCACGCAAGUCGCGACUUCGACCAGGUCCUGCAACUGAAGCCGGGCUUUGAAGGUGCUUUGUUGCAGCGAGCGAAGAUUAAGAGUCGCAAAGCCGACUGGGCAGGCGCGAAAGCGGAUUACAUUGAGGCAAAGAGGCCGGAUGGCCAGGAGAUGGAGGAUCUCGUGCAGGCCGAGGGCGCAGAGAAAUUGGCGGCAGACGCCGAAGCUGCUAAAGACUGGGAAGCAUGUGUGACGAACGCGGGAAUUGCCAUCGUCGUUGCCGGCACAGCACCAGAGCUGCGACAACGGCGGGCACGAUGUCGGUUCGCCAAGGGCGAGGUCAUGGAGGGCAUCGCUGACCUCUACCACGUCGCACAGAUCAAUCCUGCUUUGACCGAGCCACAUCUAAGGAUAGCCGCUAUGACAUUCUAUUCCUUGGGCGAGACGGAAAAAGGCCUGACAGCCAUCGCAAAGUGCCUACACAACGACCCCGACAACAAAGAGUGCGCGGCGUUGCGCAAGAGCCUCAAGGCGAUCGAUCGCACAGUCAAGAAGCUCGAUAAGUUCUUCGAGAGACGGCAAUACGCCACGGCUGUGAAGCUUCUCGUUCCGCAAGGCGAUGAUGAGCCAGGUCUCCUCCAAGAAAUCAAGGACGACACCAACUCCUUCCGGGAGAGAGGCUACAUUCACGAACAAGCCACCAACGCGCUCUACGCGACUCUCAUCGAAAAGACCUGCGAAGCCUACAGCGAAAUGAACAACGCGAAGAAAUCCGCCCAGUACUGCGACGAAGCACUGACCUGGAAUCCGACCUCCCUCCACGCCCUCCUCUCCAAAGCGCAACGGCAACUCGACGCCGACGACUUCGAGCCCGCCAUAAGCACGCUCAACAGCGCCAAAGAAGCGCACGGCGAGAACUCCUCCCAGAAACUCAACGACCUCCUCCACAAAGCCCACACGCUCCUCAAACGCAGCAAAACCAAAGACUACUACAAAGUCCUCGGCAUCACCCGCGACGCUGACGCCCGCGACAUCAAGCGCGCCUUCCGCAAACUCACCGUCCUGCACCACCCGGACAAGGCCGCCAGCAACGGCAUCAGCCAGGAAGUCGCCCAGAAGAAAAUGAGCGAGAUCAACGAGGCCUACGAAGUCCUCUCGGACCCGGAACUCCGCGAGCGCUUCGACCGCGGCGACGAUCCCAACGAUCCGAUGGCGAACCAGCAGGGCAAUCCUUUCCAGGGUAGUCCGUUUGGCGGCCAGCAGAUGUUCUUCCAGCAAGGCGGCCGUGGCGGCGGCAGCGGGUUCAAAUUCUCUGCGGGUGGUCAGGCGAAUGGGCAUCAAUUCCAGUUUGGAGGCGGGUUCCCAUUUUAGAGAUAUGGCUGAAGGUGAAAAUUUUCUUGGUUGGCCUCGUGUUUCGACGGCGGUGUUUUGCAUGGCUGUUACAGGGAAGGAUAUGUACGUUAACGUGGAGGAGUUUGGUCAUUGAAAGAGAAAAGAAGGGAUCGUAGGCAGGCUUCGCGCCGU